UUUACUCAUUUUGAGUAAUCGCCGGAGUAUAAAAGCAGCUCGAGCUUACACAAAAAUCAACACAUAUUUUAUGCACUUCAACUACUACUUACUGCACACCCUUUAAAGCUAUCGGGAUGAAGUUAAUUUCUUAUUUCUCAAUUUUAUAUAUUUGCUUUUUCGUGUAUCAAACUCAAGCGCAGUGUCCAAAUGUACCUGCAUUCUUCAGCUGUUUAGGACCGUAUCACAGCGGCAGCAGUGGCAGUGGUUGUCGUGCCGGUACGAGAUGGUAUUAUAAUAACCACACCAGAUCUUGCAUAAGCUUCCACUAUUACGGUUGCGGUGGUAAUUCGAACCGUUAUUGUUCCCUGAGCGCAUGUCAGCAGAGAUGUGCACGAGGUUAGCGAUAUCAAGGAAC